GCGUGUGCACGCGAAAAAGACGGAUAGCAGUGCAAAAGAAGACACCAGGUUCUCCUGCUUCUGUGAUAUUUGUUUUCCCUGUGUGCGCCGCCGUGAAUGAUUCACGAUCCGCUAUACGGAUUAUACGCGGUUCACCAGCGGGUGAGUGUCGCACGUUACUUUCGCCUGGGAAGUUCGAAGUAAGGGAGGUUGCAGUGCUAAACUGCGGCCCGAAUCUCUUUCGCGGUGCAGUCCUCUCUCGCCGCCGGGUAGUUUCGUCACAGGGCACCAACGAUGGAGGAGGACCAAACGAAGUCUCCCAUCGACGGUAUUCUACCGUUUCUACAGAGUAUCGAAUGGAGGGAUCCAUGGCUUGCAUUAUUAUUGACUUUCCAUAUUGCUAUCACGAUGACUGCGUUAAUGACAAGAAAUCAUGCCAAUUUUCAAAUUAUGUUAUUCCUCGCUCUAUUGCUUCUGGUAUAUUUUUCUGAAAGCAUCAACGAGGUUGCUGCAUCUAAUUGGAUGUUGUUCUCAAGGCAGCAGUAUUUCGACUCGAACGGUCUUUUCAUUUCUGUGGUAUUCUCAGUGCCUAUUUUGAUGAAUUGUAUGAUUAUGAUUGCUAGUUGGCUUUACCAAUCCAGCCAAUUAAUGACCAGCUUAAAGAGGGCCCAAUUAAGACAACAGGCAAGGAACAGAGAAAUUGAAGAAGAAUCUGUAAAUGCGAAUGGGACAACUGUGAGGAAGAAGGAAGAGUAAUUUUUCUAGUCCAGUGACAGCGAACGAGAUAUGAAAAUGUACAUUUCUAUGAAACGAGCGUCGUUCUUCCAAUACCGUGGUAUAUAACGGCAUUAUACAUAUUCAGCAGAGAUUGAAAACGAUAAUGGUGACAGUCAUUACCGUAACGCCGUGCUGAUACUGAAGUCGACUAAAUAUUAAUUCCACGACCGCUAGACUGCAAAUCCGAUCUCGUACCGCUUUCCGAAUUUGUUGUGGAAACAAAAGAACGGAAUGACGUGCGACGUUGCAAAAUUACGACUCAAGAGAGACGAUAUUGUUAUCUUACAUUAAGGUACAUUCCGGCGAUUCUCUAUUUUUAUUUUUAAUCAUCACGCGAAUCAUCGCUCUCGAUCUAUCACAAAUGUACUUAUUACGAUAUUAUUGCUUGUUACAAGUGUUAAGAGGAACGGCAUAAUCAGAUGUUAAAGGCACUAUGCACGCCUGUUGUGUGAACGUUGCGUGAAUGAAUAAUACGAAUCAGAAACGCGAUUUUAAUCAAAGAGUAUUAUAAAUAUUUUCGACAUUUCUGUAUUGUGUAUUCGUAUACAUGUGUUUCUUGCCGUCAUAAUAUUUAAUGCGUGACUACUCAGUUUAAGUAAUAAAUGAAAAUUUCUUAAAA